AUGAUUUCCAUUACAUUUUUCCCCCUCCACUCCUUUCCCUACGUGGCGUACACCCGCCCUUCCCAGUUGGGAAACACUGUCACAGAUAAAAUACGACGUAGAAGAGGACGAAUCUUUUCAGGAUUCGAGUCGGCGGGCGUUUCGUACGUAAACGGGCAGCGAGUGAACAGCGACGAGAAGCAGCUCGAUAAGACAACGGCCAGCAACAGCGCUAGCAAUUCGAACCCUUACGCCAAUGCUAACGCGCCACCUGCUGAACCAGCGGGAGGGUAUCGCCAUCAAGUGAAUUCCGCCACCAAUCUGGGUUAUCCACCUUAUCCUAGCUCCGACACGGGUUCCAAGAAUGGAUAUCCAUCGUAUCCCGGUGGCAACGCCGGUUCCAACAACGGGUAUCCGCCUUAUCCUUCCCCCAAUCAAGGGAAUCGCCAACAGGAUUUAGGAUAUCCGCCGUAUCCAACGCACAACAAAAUGCCGAUGCCUGGACAGUCGAAUUAUCCCUCGUAUCCUGGCCAACCUGGCCACUCCAAUUAUCCCGUCUACCCUGGGCAACAGCCCGGCGGUUAUCAGGGAUAUCCCCAACAGUUGCCACCCGGCCACCAGAAUUAUCCGUAUCCGAAUUAUCCAAAUCAGAAUCGCAUGUACCACAACAACGUUUAUUCCGCAAACCCAACACGAAGACCAGGAAAGAUUAGACCAACUCCACCCACACCUCCACCCAGGUCUUCUUCCAAUGGAUAUGGAGGAAGAGUGAGCGGUAACUCAGGAUCAAGGAAUACUAUUGGAAAUGGUUCUAUUUUUAAUCGUUUGUUUGGCAAUGAUCGUAUUUAUGGGUCCAAUGGUGCGACCACACCUAAGAGCAGUGUAUAUCCAGGUGGCAAUGGUUAUUACAAGACCCACACCUCUGUAGAUGAUCAGGGAAACAGAGAGGCAGAUGACGAAUUGUUCGCAGAGUUCGAUGGAAACAGCAACAGCUUACUGAGAAAACGAGAGACCGGCAGUGAGGUGGAUUCCACACCGGAUGACACGCAAUCGAUUAAGACCACGGAUUUUAGAUACCCAUCCUCCGGAUAUCCAUCCUCCGAAACUCGACCAAAAGCUGACACCUCGGUCAAAUCAUCCGGUUACCCAUCCAGUUCCGGUUACCCAUCCAGAUCGUCCGGAUAUCCUUCAGAAUCGGGAAGUUAUCCGUCGAGAAGCUCUGGCUAUCCUUCUGAGGCUGGAUAUCCAUCGAGAAGCUCGUCCGGUUACCCAUCAGAGUCUGGAUAUCCUUCGAGAAGCUCGUCCGGUUACCCAUCAGAGUCUGGAUACCCUUCGAGAAGCUCGUCCGGUUACCCAUCAGAGUCUGGAUACCCUUCGAGAAGCUCUGGCUACCCAGCAGGAUCUGGUUACCCAUCUCGUGGUAGUUCUGGUUAUCCCAGUGGCUCGUAUCCUUCAUCAGGCUCAAGGGGAUAUCCCUCAUCGAGCUCCGUUGACGAGCAAAGUGUGAAGAGGGUGGAUGCAAACUCUGUGAAUGCUGCUUAUCCCAGUCAAGCUGGUAGAAGUAGUUCAGGAUAUCCGAGUCAGAGCUCUGGGUAUCCUAGCCAAGGUGGCAGUUAUCCAAGUCAGAGCUCUGGAUAUCCCGGCCAAGGUGGUUAUCCGAGUCAGAGCGGUGGAUAUCCUGGUCAAACUGGCAAUUAUCCAUCGCAGUAUGGUGGAUAUCCUUCACAGUCUAAUCCAUAUGGUAACUAUUAUCCUGGGUAUAAUCAAGGUUACCAACAGGGGUAUCCUGGGGGGUAUCAACAAGGAUAUCCAGGGGGGUAUCAGCAAGGAUAUCAAGGGGGUUAUUCUCCUCCUUCUACUACCAAGAAGCCUAAAUUUACAGAUCAGUUGGGCAAUAUAGCCAAAGAUCUUGCUGGGAGAUAUUUGACUCAGGCUAUUCUAGAUAAAGUUACCAGAUAUUAGAAUGUUGAAUGUAUUUUUACAGAUUUUUGAAGUAAUUUUUAAUAUAAUUAAUUUAUGCUUUCUUCUAUAAUAAUCUCUGCUCACUAUGGUAUCAAUUGACAUUUAUUUUAAGUUAUGUUGCAAUAUUAUGAAAAUGUGAAUUCAUGAAUAAAAGUUAUAAUUU